AUGGAUGACUACAUUAGACUGGCUAUUUCAGAAAGAGCAACUCUACGAUCUGAAUUGAACCGGAUCAAAAACUGGCUAAUCUUCUCUCUGGGCAAAAGAGUUGGAAAGAAGGGCCGUGUGGCCACCCCGAUGAAUGCUGAAGAAAACAGAGCCCUCAAGAAUUUAGUCACUGCAGAGGCCUUCCUGGGCAUCACAGAUCAGGAGACUGAAGGCCAGUUUGUGGAUCUGACAGGAAGGAGGGUGACCUACCAAAACUGGAAUGACGGCGAGCCUAACAAUGCUUCUCCUGGGGAGCACUGUGUGACGCUUCUGUCGGAUGGCACAUGGAACGACAUCGCUUGUUCCGCCUCCUUUCUGACUGUGAAUUCUGUAUCUGAGGGAGCAUGA